AUGUCAACGACACUUGGCCGUCACAGAUUGAAGAAGACCUUAAGAAAACUGAUCUUGAUGUGGGGGUAUAAAGUUGUACUACCGGAGAAAAUGAAGUCGGCAAUGUUAAAGCAGCUUCACAAAAAUCACUUUGGAAUAACGAAGAUCAAACUAGCAAGAUCUUACCUUUGGUAUCCGAACAUGGAUCAAGAUCUCGAGCGCUUAGUCAAGACUUGCGAGAUAUGUAUGUCAUUUAGAGCUGAGCCUGAGAAAGCCUCUCUAUUAAAGUGGCAGCAAACAGAAAACCCGUUCGAGAGAAUUCAUCUCGAUUUUGCUGGGCCAUUUAAAGGACAUAUGUUCUUAGUAAGCAUUGAUUCUUACACAAAGUGGCCGGAAGUUUUCAUUAUGAAAAACACAGAUACUUCUUCCACAAUUGAAGCGCUCAGAGAAAUGUUCGCUCGCUUUGGACUGCCAUCCCAAAUUGUCACUGAUAACGGUGCGCAGUUGACCGCGAAAGAGUUUUCAGCAUUCUGCACAAAGAAUAAGAUCAAGCACAGCACUUUGCCACCAUUUCACCCGUCAACAAAUGGUGCUGCUGAAAACUUCGUCAGAACGUUCAAGACUGCUUUAGCCAAGGCAAUGAAGGAUCCCAAGAAUCGACUAACAUCCUUGAGAACUCUUCUGAACAGAUUCUUAUUCGCCUAUAGAACAACGCCUCAUUGUGUGACAGGUGAGACGCCAGGCAAACUAAUGUUCAACCGCAAUGUCAGAACCUUAAUAAACCUGAUAAAGCCAUCUUUUAAAAAGAAGCAACUUGAACGUUAG